AUGGGCUUUGACUACGCGCUGGUGCAUCUCAAGUACACGAUCCCUCCGGCCGUGCUGCUCACCUGGCUCUACCGCCCCUUCUUCACCAAGCUCGACGCGUACAAGGUCCUCUUUCUGAUAUUCGUCGCUGUCACCUCAACUAUACCAUGGGACUCGUACCUGAUCCGCACCGGCAUAUGGAGCUACCCCGGCCAUGUCAUCAUCGGUCCAAAACUAUAUGAUAUUCCACUGGAGGAGGUCUUCUUCUUUGUCGUGCAGACAUACAACACCUCAUUGCUCUAUCUGCUCCUCAGCAGACCCACUUUCCAGCCUGUCUAUCUGCGGAUCGAAUCGGGUGCGUCCCGGAAUCUAUGGCGAUUCGCAAAGCUUACCGGCCAAUUGUUUUUGCUGGGCAUGAUUGCAUGGGGAUGGCAGUGCGUUCGGAGCGGCGGUGAAGGGACAUAUACUGGUCUCAUCUUGAUUUGGGCAGGCCCUUUUCUUCUGCUACUAUGGAGUCUUGCAUACCAGUUCAUUCUCACGCUGCCCUUGACCAACACGGCGCUACCAAUCCUCCUCCCGACCUUUUAUCUCUGGAUUAUCGACACGCUGGCACUUCGUAGAGGCACCUGGGUAAUAAACGUGGGGACAAAGUACGGAGCACACUUGUGGGAUGGCUUGGAAAUAGAGGAGGCUCUAUUCUUCUUUGUCACUAAUGCGCUGAUAGUGUGUGGUCAGUUGGCGUUUGACAAUGCUUUAGCCGUGUUGUACACCUUCCCGGGGCUGUUCAAGGACCCCUCCCUGCUGCCAUCGCCACUUCUCUUGAUGCGCGCCCUUCUCACGCUCAGUUCCAAGUACGAUGCUGAGCGACUCCAGGGUCUUGAUGAGGCUGUGCGUCGUCUGAAGCGCAAGAGUCGCAGUUUUUAUCUUGCAUCCGCGACGUUCCCUGGACCUUUGCGGGCGGAUCUGCUCCUACUCUACUCCUUCUGCCGCGUAGCUGAUGAUUUGGUGGACAACGCUUCUGAUGCUGAGGAGGCCAAGGUGUGGAUAGCGAAACUACGCAAGUUCCUGAACAAUGUGUACAGCGACAAAGUUGCGCGUAGUGCUGUGCAUGCCCAAAUAUGCGCUGACUUUCCACUUGACACCCAGUCUGCGCUCCUUCAACUCCCCACAUCUAAACUCUCGCACCAGCCACUGGAGGAUCUUCUCCGGGGAUUUGAGAUGGACCUGGGUUUCGACAAAGCGCCGCUCAUAGAAACCACCGAGGACUUACAGUUGUACGCGGAGCGAGUCGCAGGCACUGUCGCACAGAUGUGUAUUGAGCUCAUCUUUUACUGGUAUCCUAGCACUCUAUCCGCCGAGGAGCAGCGUGCCAUUGUCGCUGCUGGUAACAACAUGGGUGUGGCAUUACAAUAUGUCAACAUCUCGCGAGACAUUGAAGUAGACGCUCAGAUUGACCGUGUAUACCUUCCUUUGAAAUGGCUUGCCGACGUGGGACUGAGCUAUGAGGAUGUCCUGAAGAGGCCAAAUCAAGCGCAGGUCGAGACACUCCGCAAACGGCUUUUGAAGGAUGCAUUUUCGCUCUAUGAGACGACCAAAGACGCUAUCGAGCGUCUGCCACUUGACGCCAGAGGUCCCAUUCGGGUCGCAGUAGAGAGUUACAUGGAAAUCGGAAGGGUUUUGGGCCAGGAAAACUACAAAGUAAAGGCUGGGCGUGCCACUGUGCCCAAGCUAAGGAGGAUCAUUGUCGCCUGGACGACACUUAAUCGCAAAUGA